AUGCCAGUGCGGAGGGGGCAUGUAGCGCCCCAGAACACCUUCCUGGGAACCAUCAUAAGGAAAUUCGAGGGGCAGAACAGGAAGUUUGUGAUUGCCAAUGCGCGUGUCCAGAACUGCGCAAUCAUCUACUGCAACGAGGGCUUCUGCGAGAUGACGGGCUUCUCCCGUCCCGACGUGCUCCAGAGGGCCUGCACAUGUGACUUCCUGUACGGGCCCCUCACCAAGAGGCACGACAUCGCACAGGUGGCCCAGGCGCUCCUGGGCAACGAGGAACGCAAGGUGGAGAUCACCUACUACCGCAAGGAUGGCUCUGAUUUCUUCUGCGUGACCCACAUCAUCCCGGUGAAGAACGAAGAGGGCGUGGUCAUGAUGUUCAUCCUCAGCUUCGACCUCCCGUUGAGCAAUCAUGGCUCAUCCACAGCUGUCAAUCACACUACCUCCAACCCAUCACCACAGAGGAGGGGCCGCCUGUUCCGCUUCCGGUUGCCAGGGCUGGGGGUGCUGGGCGUGAGUAAGCAGUCUCUUCCUCAGGAGGAUCCAGAUGGGGUGACGGUGGAUCCCCCUCCUGCACCUCCCUCCUCUGGCAACCUCAACUCCUCCUCCACCCCUCACCGCCGCCGCUCCUCCUGCUCCUCCUCCUCCUCCUGUGUCUCCUCCUCCAUGACCCCCCGCGACCUCCACCCCCCCACGCACGACAGCUGCAGUCCCUCCCACACCAACGACACGCGCGCCCUGAUUGGCUCGGCCUCCGACACCCGUGCUUUGAUUGGCCCCGGCUCCCCGGCCCUGUCUGGACCCCAGGACCACUCGUCGCCGCGUAGCAGGGGACAAGAGGCCAAUCGCGAUGAGAGGCGGGAACAUGAGCAGGAAGUGGAGGGUUUAGGGGCGGAGUCUCGCGUCUGCCUCAGGAGAUCGUCAUCGGUACACGACAUCGAGGCCUUCAGAUGCAACAACCGCAACCAGCGCUUUAGAGACCGCCACGCCAGCGAAGAUAACGGCCGCAGCAUUAAAGGCUCUCGUUCCUGGAUGGCGGCUGGUCCCUUCACCCAGAUCAAGUCGAGUCUCCUGGGCUCCGCCUCGGAAUCGAACCUGCACAAGUACAGCACCAUCAACAAGAUCCCCCUGAUUACUCUCAACUUCGCAGAGACCAGUGGCGACAAGAAGGCCCCCUCGCCACCUUCCUCAGAUCACGCCAUUAUCGCGCCCAAGGUCAAGGUCACGCACAAUGUCACCGAGAAGGUCACACAGGUCCUAUCUCUGGGUGCAGACGUGCUUCCCGAGUACAAGCUCCAGACGACGCGUAUAGACAAGUUCACCAUCCUGCACUACAGUCCGUUUAAGGCGGUGUGGGACUGGCUGAUCCUUCUGCUGGUGAUCUACACGGCCAUCUUCACGCCCUACUCGGCCGCCUUCCUCCUCAACGACCUGGAGGAGCAGCGGAGGAGGGAGUGUGGCUACUCCUGCUCGCCCCUCAACGUGGUGGACCUCAUGGUGGACAUCAUGUUCAUUGUGGACAUCCUCAUCAACUUCAGGACCACCUACGUCAACGCCAACGAAGAGGUGGUGAGUCACCCAGCUAAGAUCGCCGUGCACUACUUUAAAGGCUGGUUCCUCAUCGACAUGGUGGCUGCUAUACCAUUCGACCUGCUCAUCUUUGGCUCUGGAUCAGAGGAGACAACCACUCUGAUUGGCCUGUUGAAGACGGCUCGGCUGCUGCGAUUGGUGCGUGUGGCGCGUAAGCUGGACCGCUACUCGGAGUACGGUGCGGCGGUGCUGAUGCUGCUCAUGUGUAUCUUCGCCCUGAUAGCCCAUUGGCUGGCCUGCAUCUGGUACGCCAUAGGCAACGUGGAGCAGCCUUACCUCGAGCACAAGAUUGGCUGGCUGGACAACCUGGGCCUGUCAAUCGGAAAGAUGUAUAACUACAGCGUGCCGGGUUCGGGCCCGUCUAUUAAGGACAAGUACGUCACCGCCCUCUACUUCACCUUCAGCAGUCUCACCAGCGUCGGCUUCGGAAACGUCUCGCCCAACACCAACUCAGAGAAGAUAUUCUCCAUAUGCGUCAUGCUCAUCGGAUCUCUGAUGUAUGCCAGUAUCUUUGGUAACGUGUCGGCCAUUAUCCAGCGACUGUACUCUGGCACGGCGCGCUACCACCUGCAGAUGCUGCGCGUGAAGGAGUUCAUCCGCUUCCACCAGAUCCCGAACCCCCUGCGCCAGCGCCUAGAGGAGUACUUCCAGCACGCGUGGACGUACACCAACGGCAUUGACAUGAACAUGGUCCUGAAGGGUUUUCCAGAGUGUCUGCAAGCCGAUAUUUGUCUCCACCUGAAUAAGACGCUGCUGCAGGACUGUAAGGCGUUCGAGGGCGCCACUAAGGGGUGUCUGCGAGCGUUGGCCAUGCGCUUCAAGACCACGCACGCGCCCCCUGGGGACACGCUGGUGCACUGCGGAGACGUGCUCACCGCACUCUACUUCCUGGCACGCGGCUCCAUCGAGAUCCUCAAGGACGACGUGGUGGUCGCCAUCUUAGGGAAGAAUGACAUUUUUGGGGAGAUGAUCCACCUCUACUCUAAGCCAGGCAAGGCCAACGCGGAUGUGCGUGCCCUGAGCUACUGUGACCUGCACACUAUCCAGAGAGAGGAGGUGCUGGAAGUGCUGGACAUGUACCCUGAGUUUGCAGACGACUUCCUGUCCAACCUGGAGCUGACCUUUAACCUCAGGGACCACAAUGCCAAGAGCUCCUAUUGCCCAGCAAGUGACUCAGAGGAGGAGGUGAGGUAUCGCAGGAAGCUGUCCAACAACAGGAAGUCCUCAACAGGAAUGCAAGGCAGAAGUGCAGGCAGCGAGAUGGAGCGAAGGAUGGAGAAACAGCGAGAGGAGGAGAGGAAGAAGGGAGCCGCAACGGAUGAGGAGGAGAAGGAGGAGGAGGAAGAAGAGGAGGAAGAAGAGGAGGAUGAGAAGGAAGACAAGAAGGAGGAGAGGGAGAAGCAGGAGGAGAAGCCUCUGUGUUCAGGGGGGUUGGACCAGCAGCAGAGCAUGGCUCCAUCCUCCUCAGAAACACACACCGACACACACACCCUGGACCCCAGCCAGAGAUACACAGAGGUGUGUUGUGAAGAGUGGCCUUGUGGGAAGGGGGAGGGGCGUCUGGAGGACUCGACGGUGGAGGAGGGCAGAGCGGCGGAUGACAGUGACAGCGACAUCACCUACGGGGAGGUGGAGCACAGGCUAGACCUGCUACAGGAACACCUCAACAGGUUGGAGUCCCAGAUGACGGCUGAUAUCCAGGCCAUUCUGCAGCUGCUGCAGCGUCAGAGCACCCAGACACACACGCACGCACACACUCACACACACACCCAGUGCCCCCCCGCAUACAGCACCGUCACCUGCAGCCCUGAGUACACCAGGCCAGCCAUCAGAGUACAGCCCCUCACACAGAGUUUGGACGCAGAUGAGGGUAGCCAGCUCUCCAAAGAGGCUCUUGUAUCCACGGAGACACUGUUGGAAGGGGCGGGCUGUUCAGGCCUGAAGGCGGGGCCAGAGGAAGCCCAGCUCUCCCACUCGCCGCUGCCCAGGGCUCAGCUGUCACUCAGGCAAUCCUCACUGCCUGAUUCGUCGACAGCUGUCUGUGGCCACGCCCCUCUUGUCCUCCAGCGACCCACCUCGGACCCGGCUCUCCCGGGAAUGUAAACACACACACACACACACACA